GGUUUUUCCAAUGUCCCAUGUUUUUUGCCACUCAUAACCGUCCGGCGACCGAUAUUAAAAGCAGAUGCCUCUCGUCCUUUCCUUUUCUCAGACACAGAAAAUCGUCUAUACCACUCCGUUGGAUACUUCUUCAGACACAUUAAACACACCCUCCACUUUCAUCACCGCAUAGUCAAUCCCCUUAUUCAUUAUGGCAACCCCAGCAGCAACUAGCGCAACCGCCGCAUCCACCAAGUACGCCCCCCUCAUCAGCAAAGUGCUUCGUCUCUACACCUCCCGCGACCCCAAAGAGCAGCAACAAAUCAUCGAAACCCACUAUGCGCCGAACGCAACAUUCGAAGACCCUCUGAUGAUUGUCCACGGCCCCACCAACAUCAUCUCCCAAUUCCACGCCCUGCUUUCCUUCUUCUCCUCCAUCGAUGCCAACGAGACGCCCCUGAACUCCAUCGGAUCGUUGAAAGACACGCAGCCGCCGCAAGGCGAGAGUCUCGCGAACGGAGAAUUGAUCUCGGUGCCGAAUACGCAGAUCUACCGACGAGGGGAGCCGAGCAAGCCGAAGGAGAUCCCGAUUGAGGCUGUUACGCACAUCACGGUGGAUAAGACCUCGGGCAAGGUGCUUUACCACAAGGAUGUGUGGUUAAACCACAAGUUUGAGAACCCGUCGUUGGUCAAAAAGGUUUCCGGUGCGAGUAGUUCGGCGAUCUUCAAGCUUUUCAAUGUUGGCGGAUGAGAGCAAUGAUGCGGUGGGUUGGAACCCUUGGCCGGCGGAUCUCUGCCAUGCGUUGGAUCUACUGUAGAUCUAGAGGAUUGCAGGUCGUGAGGGAGUGCCACUGAUUGUGUCACAAAGCAUGUAAAUAGAUACCGUUUGAUUGAAUACACAUUUUCGACCU